GGAUAUAAAGAGGCAUCAGAACGCGAAGGGUCUUCCAUUCAUUCUCAGAACUCCUGACAUUCAGGUGGAUCUUGUCCUGCCGCGAAGCCGCCCGCCGCUAGAAUAUCCCAAAUAGCCAUCACCAUUAUCAGGUCGGACAAUGCUGCGAGUCAGGUGUCUCAGAGGAGGUAGCAGGGGGGCCGAGGCCGCCCAUCUGAUCGGAGCUAUGCUCGGCCGCGCCAUGACAGGCUGGGUGCAGGGCGCGUUCCAGAGCUACUCGAGUUCCGCUGCUGCCGCGCAGCCGCAACGCGCCCUGGAGGAGAACGCUGUCACUGAGCCUGAGCAACAGGAGUGUCCUGUCUGCGCCUACAACGAAUGGGACCCGCUCGAGGAGGUGAUCGUAGGCCGCGCCGAGAACGCGCGCGUCCCUCCUUUCACAGUAGAGGURAAGGCUAACACAUAUGAGAAGCAUUGGCCCUUCUACCAGAAGUAUGGGGGCCAAAGCUUUCCUGAGGACCACUUGAAGAAAGCUGUUGCUGAGAUUGAAGAAAUGUGCAAUAUCCUCCGCAUGGAGGGAGUUACAGUUCAGAGACCUGAACCCAUGGACUGGUCCUUCCAGUACAACACUCCAGACUUCACCUCUACUGGCAUGUACGCUGCCAUGCCCAGAGACAUCCUCAUGGUGGUGGGGAAUGAGAUCAUCGAGGCUCCCAUGGCCUGGKGGUCUCGCUUCUUUGAGUACCGGGCCUACAGACCCCUCAUCAAGGAGUACUUCAGAAAGGGUGCCAAGUGGACCACCCCCCCAAAACCCACCAUGUCUGAUGAGCUGUACGAUCAGGUGAGGUGUCAGAUGCCAUCCCACAGCCCGUCUGAGCUGAAGGAGCUUGAGGACCCGGCCAAACGCGAGCCUCCCCACCUCCGUGGAGAACACUGCAGAGUCGAAGGGGCCGACUCUGGGCCGGUUACAAACUACAUGGGGAUUGAGUGGAUGCGUCGCCAUCUUGCUCCGGACUACAAGGUCCACAUCAUCUCAUUCAAGGACCCCAACCCCAUGCACAUUGACGCCACCUUCAACAUCAUCGGGCCGGGACUGGUGCUGUCCAACCCGGAUCGUCCCUGUCGUCAGGUGGAGAUGUUUGAGAAGGCCGGCUGGACCGUGGUGAAACCUCCAACCCCUCUGAUUCCAGAUAUCACCCCUCUGUGGAUGUCCUCUAAGUGGCUGUCCAUGAAUGUCUUGAUGCUGGACCCCAAACGGGUCAUGUGUGAUGAAGAGCACACCAUCCACAAGAUGUUUGAGAACCUUGGUAUCGAGACCGUCAAGGUGAACAUCCGCCACGCCAACUCCCUGGGAGGAGGCUUCCACUGCUGGACUACCGACGUGCGUCGCCGUGGUUCCCUCGAGUCCUACUUCCARUAGCCAUGCCAGAAACAGACAGUUUUUAUUGAGC